AUGGUGUGCCUGAGCUAUCGCGGUUAUUGGACAUCGAGGGGUCGCCCCUCCGAGAAGGGCAUCAACCUGGACGCGCAGGCGGCUUUGCACUGGAUUGGCCGGAUGCACGGGGAGCACGACGCUCACGGGCACCAGCCACUGCCGGAGGUGAUCCUCUGGGGUCAGAGCAUCGGCGCUGGGGUGGCCACGAACCUCGCGGCCUGGGAGGCGUUCCCGUCCACGGCGCGGCUUCGGUCACUGAUCCUCGAGACGCCCUUCACGUCCAUCAAGGAUAUGUUGGUGACGUUGUACCCCCAGAAAUGGGUGCCGUACCGCCACCUCUGGCCGUUCCUCCGGAACCACCUGGAUAGCUGGACGAACCUCGCGGCGAUUGCCAGGAAUUGGUCAGGGGAGCGCGAGAAGCCUCGCGUUACGAUUGUAGAAGCAGGCAGGGACGAGCUAGUGCCGGCCGAACACGGCGCGAAGCUGGUCCAGCGCUGCGAGGAGGUCGGGCUAACGAUCGAGAAGAAGACGGUGCGUGGCGCUUUCCACAACGAUGCCGUCAUCAGGCUGGAGGGACGCAGAGCUGUCGUCGACGCCAUCGAGCAAGUCGCAGCUAGAAUAUGA